UGAAGGUUGUAAUGACUUGAGCGGCGCGAUUACGAGGAGUCCAUUCGGAGCAUCGUCCUCAGCGAGGCGAAGGAGAAGAAAAUGGUGAAGUUUCUGAAGCCGAACAAGGCGGUUAUUAUUUUGCAGGGCCGUUUCGCCGGGCGGAAGGCGGUGAUCGUGCGUGCGUUCGACGACGGCACGCGGGAGCGGCCCUACGGCCACUGCCUGGUGGCCGGCAUCGGAAAGUACCCGAAGAAGGUCAUUCGCAAGGAUUCGGCGAAGAAGACGGCCAAGAAGUCGCGCGUGAAGCCGUUCCUGAAGCUGGUGAACUAUAACCAUAUCAUGCCUACCCGCUACACCCUCGAUGUCGAUCUCAAAGAUAUUGUCACCCUCGACGCGCUCCAAUCCCGGGACAAGAAGGUCACUGCUUCCAAGGAGACCAAAGCUCGCUUCGAGGAGCGCUUCAAGACCGGAAAGAACAGGUGGUUCUUCACCAAGCUCAGGUUUUAAUAAAAGCAUGCGUCUUAUUCUAUUGUUUGCUGUUUUAGAUCUAUGUCGAUCUCGAAUUCUGCUGAGUUUUGUCUAUUGGGUUUAGUACGUUCUUAUGGUUUAAUGGAUCAAUUUGGUUCAUGUGACGAUUGAAUGUAUGUGAUUCGUCUAUAGAACGAUUUACUUUGCUUAUCAGUUGGUCUACCAUUGACAAUGGAUCUGCCUAAUGUUAGUCAUUUUCCAAUCGAAUUAAUCAUACGGUUGAUCUGUUGCGUA